GUGCAGGGGCUCGUGCUCCAUCUUGGUCACCCCGAAGACCGGCCGAAAUAUAAUACGGACGGGAGGGGAGGGGGCAUGUGGAAAUAGAAAGGGACUGACUGAUAGAUGGUAAUAUGGUCCAUCGGAAGUUAAAACUCUAAUUUCCCGUUGUGUGCUUGUCAUACGUAGCUGCAUAAGGAAACAGGAAGCGCUCGAUUACUUUUGAUGGUGAUCUCCUGUCCGGGCAAUUGGUUGUAUUGCAUCCUUUGCCAUUAAUUUUAGAGAGCAAGAUCGUUUGGAGAUCAUCACAAUAUCUUGCUUUUUUGGGGGAGAAUGCGGCCAGAGAUGUGGCUGGUGAGACUGGAACUCCUGCUGCUGGUCUGCUCUCUGUGGGUGGCGGCAGGUUCCGCCAAGGAGAAAACCACCAAGAAGGGGAAGAAGGGGAAGCAGGUGAUCUGUCCCUCACAGCUAUCAGCAGAGGACAUUGCCAGAGUUCCUGGGAAUUCCACGAGCAACAUCUUAAACCGGCUACUGGUUACUUACGAUCCCAGAUUUCGGCCCAACUUUCAAGGAAUCCCAGUGGAGGAUAAAGUUAACAUUUUCAUAAACAGCUUUGGCUCCAUCCAAGAAACGACCAUGGAUUACAGAGUAAACAUCUUCCUGAGGCAGAGGUGGAACGAUCCUAGACUCAGGCUCCCCACCGAUUUCAAAUCAGACUCCCUCACCGUCGACCCCAACCUGUUCCAGUGCCUCUGGAAGCCUGACUUGUUCUUCGCGAACGAAAAGAACGCCAACUUUCACGACGUGACGCAGGAAAACAUCCUCCUGUUCAUUUUCCGCAACGGUGAUGUGCUUAUCAGUAUGAGGUUGUCUGUCACUCUGUCCUGUCCUCUGGAUUUGACUUUGUUUCCGAUGGACACCCAGAAGUGCAAGAUGCAGCUGGAAAGCUUUGGCUACACCACAAAUGACCUUAAGUUCAGCUGGCAGUCAGGCGACCCAGUGCAAAUGGAUGAAAUUGCACUGCCCCAGUUUGACGUAAAGCAGGAAGACAUCGAGUAUGGAAACUGUACCAAGUACUAUAAAGGGACAGGCUACUAUACCUGCGUAGAGGUGAUUUUUACUCUGAGGCGGCAGGUCGGCUUCUACAUGAUGGGUGUCUACGCCCCCACCCUCCUCUUAGUGGUGAUCUCGUGGCUGUCCUUCUGGAUCAACCCGGAUGCCAGCGCUGCCAGGGUUCCGUUAGGUAUCCUAUCAGUGCUGUCGCUGUCCUCUGAAUGCACGGCUCUGGCCGCCGAGCUCCCCAAAGUGUCCUAUGUGAAGGCCAUCGACAUCUGGCUCAUCGCCUGUCUGCUAUUUGGCUUUUCCUCGCUGGUGGAGUACGCCGUAGUCCAGGUCAUGCUCAACAGCCCCAAACGCAUCGAGGCCGAGAAGGCCAAGCUGGCCAGCAAGGAGAAGGCCGAGGGCAAGACCCCGGCCAAGAACACCGUCAACGGCACGGGAGGGACACCCAUGCACGCCAACGCACUCCAGGUGGUGGAGACCAGGUGCAAGAAGGUGUGCACCUCCAAGUCCGACCUGCGGUCCAACGACUUCAGCAUAGUGGGGUCGCUGCCCCGAGACUUCGAACUCUCCAAUUUCGACUGCUACGGAAAGCCUAUAGAAGUGGACGGUGUUGGUAAAUCACAGGCGAAAAACAACAAGAAGCCAGCUCCUCCGAAGCCGGUCAUCCCGUCUGCAGCCAAGCGGGUCGACCUUUACGCUCGGGCCCUCUUCCCCUUCUCCUUCCUAUUCUUUAAUGUCAUAUAUUGGUCUGUCUACUUGUGACGACCUUGUGAGGGAUGCAGCUUCCUGCGAGAACCUCCGUGCACUUUGCGCUACCUCUGUGGUGCGGUUUGUUUUCUUCUGUUCGGUUUCUUUAACGUGUGUUUAGCAAUAAAUGCAGAAUAGUCGCUUAUUUUAUAGUUGGAGCUUCUAGGGUGAGGGGAUUAAAAUAAUAAACAAAAACAGCAUAAUUCGCUAUAUGCAAAAGCGCUUUGCUCUUAGUUCGGGUAGACGGCUUGACGAUGCAUCGCGUGGGCCUAAUGUGGCGUGUAUGUUCUGGAAGGUCAGAAACCUGCUUCUGAAACGGAUCUUGAGUGACUGCUCCCUGCAUAUGUCCCUCCGUGACAGAAGGUGUGGGAGAGGCUGUAGUCACGUUACGAGCUCUAUAUCCAAGCUGAUAGCACUUUAAAGCAAAUGCACGUUUAAAAAUGUAUAUUUGUAUGCAUAUAUAACUAUGAAUGUAUAAUUCAUCUACGCGUAAAUCGGCAAAAGAUAUGAGAUAGGUGUAUGGAUACUUUUUAGAAAGAUGCGAUAGUUUGUUUAUUCAUUGAAGGUCGAUAUUUCAGCUACUGAAAUGGCAGCGGCGAUUCACCCCGGGCAACAGAUGGCAAUUUGCCGCAAUAAAACGGCGACGCAUCCAAGCGGAUGCGAGGAAUGUGUCACCUUUAUAGGUGAGGGGGGAGAGCCGCGUCCCUUUGAGGCAAUAAAGACAACGUAAUUGAAAGAA